AUGAAUAUGAAUGUGUUUCGCAUACUUGCCGAUCUUGCGCAUAUUGUUUCGAAAUGUAUUUUGAUAUGGGCUAUUCAUUGGAAUAGCAGUUCCGAGGGUGUGUCACUUCUUACACAGGGCCUAUACGCCCUAGUCUUCAUGACGAGAUAUCUGGAUCUUUUCCGUGCCUCGCAAUGGACAGCUGAACACAUUUACCUUGUAUUUUUCAAGCUGUUCUAUAUAUUUUCUUCCUUUUACAUAAUUGCAAUGAUGAUGUGGUUUUAUCCGCGGACACGUGAAAGAGAGAAAUCAUGGAGGCUUGCUACGUGGUGUGUUCUGGGCUCGUUAAUCGGCGCACCUAUCUCGUUGGGCAUCUAUGCUGCAGCGCAUAAACAGUCAUACCCAAGCUACUGGUUUACAGAGACACUGUGGGCCUUUUCAAUUAUACUCGAAUCGGUAUGCGUACUGCCACAGCUCCUUCUACUACGUCAGACGACUGUUCCGACGGUGAUCGACUCGUACUAUUUGAUCACCCUAGGCUCAUAUAGAGCUCUCUAUAUUUUGAACUGGCUUGUCCGCGGUUUUGGCCCCGAGCAUUUUUGGGAUCCAAUUUCCGAUAUCUUCGGAGUUGUGCAGACUUUGCUUUAUAUUGACUUCGCCUGGGUGUACUACACACGUCAACGAGUGAAGCUACGACGCGGGGGUAUCGUGGAUUCCGAGGAUCUUCGAAAGAGUUGGUUUGUGGGGAAAAUAUUGAACUCACGGAGGGUCCACGGGCAAGAAGAACAAGAACCUUUGGACCCGGAGGCUGCAGGAGAUAACACAGCUGUUCGCCCUACCUGGGGAGCAAGAGGUAUAUCUGUUUCAGCGGAUGAGACGCUUCACGAUCAUGACCGCCGUUUCCCUCAGUAA